UUGAAGCGCGUCCAGGACUCGGAAAAGUGAUUUUAUGGUGGAUUAUACCAUAUGCACCGAACAUGGAGAUUAUACGCAGUGUUUUUUUGAUUCUGACAUAUUUUGUUGUUAGUUGCCUCUGCAAUUCGACAACAAGUCCACUUUGCAGGGAGAUGAAACCGUGCACGAGUGACUCAGGGAAGAACGGAAUGUGUCUCCAUGGCACCUGUUAUACUCACGUAGACCCUGAAACAAGGCACUUGUCAAUAUUGGUAACAGCGCAAUAUCCGGCUGAUACACUUCAGGCUCACGGUGGACGAAGCCUGUAUAUGCGAGGCAACGGACUUGGCUUAUCGUGGAACAAGGGCAUUGAGAUGGGUCGGUCUUCCAAAGAUACUUGGACCAUGCUGUUUAACUACAAGUCUACCCCAAAGGGUUUUCAAUGCGAACCUUGUUAUGGCGACGCUGUGCUGCCCAAUAAGCUCCUGCAGUUUCGUAUCUUUGUAGACGACCAUAAUGACAUGAUGGGUGCCAAUUUUGCCCUCAAGUUACCUGUCUCAGCAGCUUCAGCGUAUUUUAAGACAAGACCUGAGUUUGUGUUUCAUCCUUGGUUUUACACUAACUCCGGCAGUCUAAACAAUUUGACUGUGGCUUCACAAUAUAUAGGAGGUCGAAGAGAUGUUGCCGUGUGGCGUCCGCCAAGCUUUUUGGAGAAUCCUUUCAAAUCAUAUCCUGUUGUCAUUGUCUUUGACGUCGGACCUAAUGAAGCUGGAUCAUUUAAAUAUAUAUUUGAUGAAUUGGUGUAUCCAACGCAAGUAUCCCAAGAAGCCAUCGUAGUUGCCUUUGGUGACUACAAGAUUCAAAACAGGGAAACCUUAAUGACACCAACGAGGGCAGUUGACCUUGAGUGUAUUAAUGGCACAUUCGAAGACAUGUGUGGAUUUUGCUUGCCGGACAUUCGUACUUUAAAUGGAACUCAAUUUCAACAACUAAUGAUCAAUAAGUGUGGUAAAAGAACCCUAGUCGGUGGCCUAGGUGAACAGACGCUCGACUUUCUUAUUAACGAAGCUAUGCCAGAAGCCAACAGGUCGUCCUCUGGAAGAAUCCAGCCCGGUAGAUAUGGCAUCCUCGGCUACUCCCUUGGCGGUCUAAUGUCAUGUCAUGCAGUUUGGACACGACCUGCUGUAUUCUCCUUCGCUGCAUGCAUGUCGCCUUCGUUGUGGUGGCCACUGAACAAUGAGACAAAUGACCUCUGUGAUUUUGAUUUUAAUAACAAAACUUUGACGAACCCUGAAUACGCUGUAAAUCGACCACCCCAGAGAAUCUUAAUUGAUUCUGGGGGCUUAGAGAAUGUCAAGCCGUACAAUUUAACACAGGCCGCAAUCGACGCGGCCCAUGCCAUAUCCUCGCAUGAGAAUUAUAAGCUGGAUGAAAAUGUUUGGAUCGAAAUCUCGCCAUCGGGGAGGCAUACCAUCCUUCAGAGCUUAAGGAGAAUGCAAAAUGCAUUUAGUGUACUACUACCAAUAGAAGGGGAGGCAGCCAUGCCUGGUCAACCGGAACCUAUCGUUCCUGGUUUAGUUGGAUAGUAGCUUGUA